CAAAUAAAUAUUAAACAGUUGGCGGAGUGUACUGAAAGUGUUAACAACGUCGAAGUGUAUAGGAGUAUUGGUUGGCCGCUUGCUUGGAAUUUAUUGUGGAUUACUUUGGAACUAUUAGCAGACGUCUGAAAAAAAAACUAAAACAACAAAAAUGCGUUUCUCCAUUGCUGUUUUGGGGAUUUUCUUCUUCGUCGCAGUGAGUCAAGCGGCCGUUGUUCCCAGGCGCUACCGGAACACCGAAGAAAUUCUAGUGCCAGUGACUAUUAUCCAAGAUGGUGAGGAGAUCAAAGAGGCCGGCAACGAUGCUGAUUUGCAAUCGCAGGUGAAAAACAUUGCUACAGAAGUAAUAGCCGAGGAAAUUGCCAAGGCAGUGGAUGAAGAGCAAACAUUAGAAGCUGUUGAGGCUGUAGUCGAAGCCCAGCGCCGCCUCGAUGAAGACGCUGUCAAAGAGGAAAUCAAAGAGGCCGUUGUCGAAGAAAACUCAGAACUGUUAAAAAUAUUACAGGCCGAAGAAGAGAAUGCAAAAGAAGCCCCAACAAAGGAGGAAGCGAGUGAUGUGAAGGAGGAAGAAAUCGUAGCUCAGACAAUCAAAAGUCUUCCCCAAGAAGAGGAACUAGCCGUACAGCCAGACUCAAGUCAAGCGGACGACAAGCCAGCCGAUGUGGAACCAUCCGCACAACAAUUGAAAUCUCUCGUGAAAGCCGACAACUCUGAGGAGGAUGUACGCUCACCAUCCGCUACGAACGAUGACGAAGAGAACGUACCCGAGGCUACUCUGCGUCAAGCCACCCAGGCCACACCCGGUCAGACCACACAACAAAAUUUCGUACAACAACUCAUUCAGAGUUCUCCACUGGGCCAAUUCUUCAACCAAAUCACAGGUCAAACUCAAAAUAGUCAACAGGUUGCCAAUGACGAGACUGCUCCAGCUACCCCCAACCCCACUAUUCCGGCUUUCUUAGCCCCCGCCAUAUCGACGGUGCAAAACGCAGCUCAGUCGGUCGUCAACACAACUCAGAAUGCAUUCCAAGGUCUAACUAGUUUAGCUACCAAUUUGGGAACUACAUUCCAAAACACUCUGUCCAGCUUUGGCGGUCAACCGCCGGCUCAGCAACAAGCCGCCGCAGGCGAUGCCACGACUGCACGCCCACAGGGACCUUUCCAACAACUCGUUAAUACCUUCAUGGGCAACAACAAUCCACAAGCCACCCCGGCUGCAGGCAACCCGCCCCAAGGACCCUUGCAGGGGUUGUUGAACAUCUUCCAAGGCAACAAUGCUAACAACGCCAACGCCACCCCACAGGCCAGUACACACUCAGCUGACACAACUGCCACGCAACCGGCCAAUCAGCCCGAAGGUGCAGACCAAUCUAUUACUACUGCCGAGGAAGUAGUCGUCACUGCCAACAACCUGAGCAAUGAGAUUCGCAACAGCGCCGAGGUGGACGACUCCUUCGAAGACACCAACCAAGCCGAGGAAUUGAUAGUGGUGCAAGAUGAUGCCUCCCCGACUCAGGACCAGCAGCAGCACUGAUACGGACCUGCAGCGUCGCUCUAGAUUGUAAGCCUAGAACUCUAAGAUGUGUCAUUUUUCAAUACGAAAUCAUCGCCAUUUUUUCAA